GUUAUCUCACUUAAAGGGGAAGAAAAAUGGCUGGUGCUUACAAUUAGAGGAUCAAAACGCAUUUCCCAAAUUCAAGAACCCUAAUUUUGAAAUUCAUCAUCAAUGGCUCAAUACAGUGGCUGUGGAACAAAUGUGAGAGCUGAGAACUCGUUUUCGCUAAUUUCGAGUGGAUCCCAAUCAAGAAUCGAACCAACAUGCAUCUGUGGAUCCAUAGCUGUGAUACGUUCAGUUAAGAAGAAAGGAAGGAACUUGGGUAAGCUUUUUUGGGGCUGCAGAAACUUUAAGAAUGAACAUGAGAAUGUUGGCUGCAAUUUCUUUAUGUGGUAUGAAAACCAACAAAGUUCUGAAGUCAAACAAGAGACACCACCAAAUGCAUUCUUAAGGUGUUCCAAAUGUGAUGAAAAGGAGGUACAAAUUAAGAUGCUUAUAAAGGAUGACACAUACAACAAGGAGAUGAUGAAGAAUGUCUUGAAGAUGUUGAAGAUGCUUUUUUAUGUCAUGAUAUGUUUAAUUCUGAUUAUUGUAGUGUUGAUUUGUAUGUUGUUUAAAAAUAGGUAAUCUUAGUUUAUGUUAAGGUUAAUGUUGUAAGAAAUGGAAUAU